AUGUGUCUUUAUUUUUAUCAUGAUGAUGAUGCCUGUAGUCACCUGCGGUGGCUAGCGAGGACAGGCCAGAACUGGUACGAGACAGAUGACAUCAUAGAAUGCAAUCGUCAGAUGCUGGAGCAGCAGUUUGCCUGUGAUGUGCACUUUGUGGUGGGGGAGGAGCGCGAGCGGCAGGGGGCGCACCGCUACAUGCUGGUCAGUCGCAGUCCUGUCUUCGCCGCCAUGUUCCACGGCUCCUGGCACGAGCCUAGCGACAAGGACAUCGAGGUCCCGGAUGUGGAGCCUGCAGCCUUUCGCAACUGCUGGUACAUGUAUACGGGUGUUGCCCACCUCGAUGCCACCAGCGUGCUGUCAGUGCUGUAUGCUGCCAGCAAGUACUCAGUGUCCGGCCUGUGUCGUGCCUGCAUAGACUACGUGGAGGAGAAGCUGGACGUGGAGAACGCAUGCGCUGUCAUGGAGCAGGCCCAUCUGUUUGAAGAGCUGGACUUCCGGUCGCGUGUUCUGGAGCUGAUUCUCCGGAAAGGGGAACGGUAUUGGCAUGUGAGGACAUCGCUGAGCUGUGUCACGAUUGUCUGGUCAGCAUCAUCGGUUCUGACAGUCUCAUAUGCCAAGAGGAACAAGUGUGGGAUGCUAUGGACAGGUGGGCGGCAAGAGAAUGCCAGAGACGGAGCUUGGAAAUCACGGACGACAACCGCCGCAUCAUGCUGGGCUCCGCGCUUUUCCUCGUUCGCCUCCCUUUGCUGGACCCGCAGGUGUUCGUGCAGAAGGUGGCUUCACGCGCUCUGCUGUCGGAGGAAGAGAAAGUCGACGUCAUGCGUCCUUCCUGUUCCUGCCAUGCGCUGUGCCCACUUUUCGAGCGUGCCCCGCAAGAAAGAGAGACACAGAAGGUUCAAUCGGUUUGAGAACCGAGCUGCUUUGGCCUACAACAACCAGUCAGGCGAAAGUGCAAUCUGCUUGAAGACAAAUCAAGACCUGUAUGUCGAGGGUUUUACCAUAUACGGAACGUGCAGAGGAGGCAGCCAUGUUCUGCACGUAAAGGGCAGAUUACUCGACGCCAACGACAGGGCCAUAGCGGAAGUCACAAGCGACGUUGCCACUGACAGCAAACUGGACAUUUACGACGUCAUGUUGGAUGAACCCUGCAGGCUAGCCAAAAACACGUGGUACACCUUGGCGGUGGACAUCAAAGGUUCUCACACCUACGCCGGGAGUAACGGUCGACUCACAGUUUUCGAUGGGGACAUAAUAUUUACCUUCGCGCCAACUGAAAAAUCUCAGACAGGCACAUCUGUUGAGCAGGGGCAACUGCCUGGACUCGUUUUUAUGAUUUGACCAAAAAGAAGGGACAGAUAAAGUGUCCAAGGGAUGAGGAGAGGUCAACCAACUGCUUGAUUUUGUUUGGUUUUGUUUUUCCUUUUAUUCUGAGGUUUCAUUGACUGGCUUUUUGCCAGUCUGAGGGUUGUUUGCUGCCUAGGUGAGUAUAUUCGCUUGUUUAUUUUUGAAUGUAGAAAAAUAUAUGAAUUUAUGUAUUUAUUUUAAUGCUCAAGUAGGAUCAACUUAUGCUUUGUGUGAAUUAAUGAUUCUGCAACUACAAAGACAGGUCUUUAUAACAAUAAAAAAAAAGAAACUCAUGACAUUGUCUGCGAUGUUAGCUU